AUGAUUUUAUACUAUGUGAUCGGAUUGAUGCUAAUACAAAUUAUCUAUGGAAAGAUAGAGAUACCCGAAAUAAGAGAGGUUCAAAAGCAGAUACUAACACAUAAUAAUUCAAAGUGCUUGGUGAUAAAUCCUGAUGGCCCGCUAAACAUGCUUCGUGGAUAUUUAUACAAUCGCAAUCUUCUUCUGCAGAAUAAAAGGCAAUUUGCCUCUGAAAUAGACAUUUUCUACACGCUUACAAUGAAGAGCUCUAAUGAUGAAUUGAAAAUUAGUGAUUUUAUUCGGAGCCCUUCUAAGGACAAGAUUCACAAUUUGGAGUUUAUUGCAUCGAUAAAAAAGAGAAUUUACAUGAAGAAAUUCUACAAUACUCUGCUAAGAAUGUUUCCAUAUAUGCAAAAAGAUUCACCUAUAGAAUCUAAUAAUACAAAUGGGUUUGCAGAAUUUCUUAAAUCACAAAAAGUUAAUACCUGCACUUACUACAUCUUAGCUGCUCUUUUGCUUCUUUCAGAAGGAGUGGAUGUUCCUAUCUAUUAUAAAAAGGCUACUUCAGAAUUGGGUUUAAUUGAAAACAAAGAGAGCAAAAAGAGCUAUUUUUCUAUUCAAAUGAAAAAUCAAAUAAGUAAUUCAACCAGUAACACAAACAUUAAGGAUAUUGCAAAAAUAAUUAAGUUUUUUAUUAAAAAUCGAAAUAAUCCGCUUUUGUGGGAUAAUGGCGAGUUUAAAACCCCAGAGAAUCAGGAAGAAUUUGAAACUGGACUGUUCUUAAAUAGCCCUAAGUUUUUAAUACAGAUGUAUAUAUAUGAAUUUAUUCAGUCGAAAGAAGAUGCAAUUAAGCUAAAUAAUGCAGUGUAUGAAAUCCUUAGUAAACAAAUUGCAGAUAAAACCUUGUUAAACCAGGAUUGCACCAUUGAAAAUGACGUAUUUGGCAAAUGCUUUAUAGAAGCAAACAGCUCUAAUGAGGUUAUGAUGUAUUUAGACAUCUAUCAAAACUUUGCAUAUUUUAUAGACGAGUGUAAAAUGUUUCCAUUUAUGUCUAGUGAUCAAAUACCUGCUUACACAAAAGUACCACACUAUGAUUAUAUAGAAAAGAAGCUUUUGGAUGAUCCUAAUAAGCGGUACAGUAAUUGCGUAGAGGCAGCUAUUCUGGGAAUUUUCAGCUCUUUUGCAUAUAACUCAAAAACCCGAAAAUAUACUCUUGAGCACAUGAAGGAAUCAAAGCCUGAAAUGCAGGAGUUUUUUACAACAUAUAGUUUACCGGUUGAAAUAAUUGAUGCCAAAAUGCAGGCUAAUUGGAAUGUAGUGCCGUCAGGACUUAGCUGUAAGCACAUUGCAUAUGUUAAAGACCAAAGAAAUGAAAUACGAGCAGGCAUUUUAAAUCUGCUUUAUGCCAUUGUAGAGAUUUCUGGAAGACCUUCUUCUGAUAUAGACAGGAUAAGCGAGUUUAUGGCGCGACUAAAUAAUGAAGCUACAAAUCUUAAUAAGCUUUUUAGUGAUAUUCAAAAAUAUAUACAAAAGCUUUUCAGCGACCUUUCUUAUAACAAAUCUGUAACUGUAAACUGCAACUUUACAAAAGGGCAUAGAUCGGAUUGUAAGAAUGAAGUAUUAGGAUCAAUUGUCAUCACGUAUACUGUAAAUGGCGUAAAAAACAGUAUAAAGGUGCAAGCAGUUAAAGGGCAUAUGAUUAUUUCAUUUGUUCCAGAAGAAAGCUCAUGUUUCAAGAAUAAAUUCUGUGAUGUUAUUUCUAGAACAAAAACCACAUUUGGAGAGCAGUAUAGCUUUAUUAAAUCUUUAAUAAUGCAUACAAUUGCUAUAGAAACAUUUAAUAUGAUAAAAAGCACGGAUCUAAGCAAUAAGAUAGAGCUUGAAAGAGAGAAGUUACUAAAUAGCAAUCUAUCCAAUUUGGAUAAAGUUUUUUUGUUCAUGCGGAUUACUUCAUUCUCUGUUAAAAUGAAUUUAGCAAGGAAAGCAUUUAUUAUUUCGCGAUUUAAAAAAUCUACAGAUGAGUACUUUAAUUCAUUUUAUUUCCUAUUGAAUAUUCUUGCUAGCCUUCCAUUGGAUGACUAUGGAACAAUCCAAGCAAUUAAUGAUCGGGUGCCACUAUAUAAAAUACAAAUACAACGAAAUAUUGGACACUAGCCCUAUUUAUAUUCAAUAAAGCCAAUUUACU